UACUCUGUGCAGCCCAGCAUUCAGCCCAGCCUGAGACUCGGCAGGUGAAAGGCAUUGUGGGAAUGUUGAUCUAUUUUCCAGAGAGGGUGUUGAAUUCUGGCAAUUUACUUUGUGGAGACCUUGGCAAUAUUGCACAGGUGUACCCUGUUAAACAAAGUAAUACCAACCUUGUGAAUAGAUUUAAAAACCGCCUUCACUGGAACAAUGUCACUGGAUUCUUCACUUUGUCAGACCUACAAAUAGAUGAUUCUGGGGUUUAUACUGUAGAGAAUACAAAUGAAGAUGAAGGGAAGACGACCCAUACAUUUCAGCUGACUGUGUACUGUAAGUGUGUGUGUGUUGUAAAUUACUAAAUCAUUAAAGUGGCACUCAGCAGCAGAAACAAUACUAAAGUGGUCGCUUUAUUGGUUUGGUAAAAAGCUGAGGAAUGGGGCUGGAGAAAUGUAACCACUCUCAAAUUCAUAGACAGAGCUAUGGUUGCAAGGACUGAUCAACCAUUAUAUAAGAAGUAUAGUUUUAACCAUGUUUUGUGACUAUAUUGUUUGUUUACAAUUUCUUUGUUUACAAACACCGGAGUAAAACAAGCUUAUGUGUUCUCUGACAGAGACUAAGCUCAUGAGGCAUUUAUAAGUUAUAUUCUUCAAGAAUCAAUGGGUCCAUAUAAUUAAUGUCUAAGUCCAAAAAUGGAUGUAGCAACUGUUCUUUGCCACAUUAAAGAUAAGUUCCAUUUCAGCAAUUCCCAUUUAUUCAUUAUUUUCUUCCAGAUGUUCUGUCCAAGCCUCAGGUGACGGUCCAUGACAACAGCUCCUGUAGCGUGGUGUGUUCUGUGGAGAAUGGGAGAGAUGUGACACUGUCCUGGUACAGAGGAGGGAAGCUACUCAACCGGCGCAGCAGCCCUGACCUCAACAUCUCCCUCUCUCUACCUCUCAAGGUGGAUGAACAGAACGGAGACUCUUACAGAUGUGAGGCUGCCAACCCAGUCAGCAAGGAGACCACUGUUACAAAUGUCUGUAUAGAGAGUGAUCCCUCCAAGGUGACAGGUAAAAACAUGUACAGUAGUAAUGUUAAAUUGCUUAUAUCCAGACAACACCAAAUUCAAUAUGAAACAAUAAGUAUGGUAGAGCUCAUUUUAUGAAACACAAUGUUUUAAUUAAAAUAUUGUUUUCUCUCUUUUUACAUUGGAUGUUGAUGAGAGGACUCUAGGUUUUCUUAUUAUUGCUGUAAUCUGCAUUGUGUUUGCCUCGGGACUUGUUGGACUUGCAAUCUAUCUUAAGAAGAGGAGAAACGGACAUUCACAAGCAGGUAUUCAUCUUUUAGUGGGGUGUGGUCAUUCUCCUUGUCAAAGUAAAAACAUGUUGUGCACAACCUUUUAAAAUUAUCAAGGAUAGUGUUUUGGAAAAGGAAGGAAAUGUUUGCCUGAACAACGGAUGCAGGUCAAAUGAAGAGGCAUAUCUUCCACACUUCCUCUGCUUGGUCAGACAGUUACAUUAUCUCUGACCACUUCUCUAAAUGUUGAAAAAGCAGAAGGCACAUAUACACACACACACAAGCACACUCUGACAAUCAUUACUGUAUAACUUCUCUGGCACCAAAAAGACCGCUAACAUAGACACAGGUACCCAUUGUAACAUGAGUCCUUAGUGUUUGCAGAACCUGUCUUGGGUUGAGCAUUUGUGCAUAUCUGUCAGUUACUCCCACCCACACUGUAUAUUUCAUUUCCUUUAUUUGCCUUUAUAGAUUCACCUGAAAGAAAGCAAGAUGACAUUCACUACGCAGAGAUAACUCACAUUAAACCAGCAGAUAACCAGGUUAGUAACAAUGCUACAGGCUGAUAAACAUAGGAGACGUAAUACAGCAGCUUUGUUACAACUAUAGCCUUUAGCGCUGUGCCAGUGGGUUAAUGUGGUAUUGAGUUGCACAGACAACCUGAGUUUAAUAACCGUCCUGAUGUCAUUGCAACCAGUUUUGCCCAUAUGAAAUGGUCGUUUUGCACAAUGAGAAGCCACACUGCACAUAUUGUAUACACAGUACCAGUCAAACGUUUGGACACCUACCCAUUCAAAUGUGUUUAUUUACAUCCCUGGUAGUGAGCAUUUCUUCUUUGCAAGAUCAUCCAUCCAACUGACAAGUGUGGCUUAUUAGGAGUAUUUCUGUCUUUAAUAAAGCCCAUUUGUGGGAAAAACUCAUUCUGAUUGUCUGGGCCUGGCUCCCUCAUGGGUGGGCCUGGCUCCUGCAUGGGUGGGCCUAUGCCCUCCCAGGCCCACCCAUUGCUGCACCCUUGCCCAGUCAUGUGAAAUCCAUAGAUUAGAGCCUAAUGAAUUAAUUUCAAUUGACUGAUGUCCUUUUAUGAACUGUAAUUCAGUAAAAUCUUUGAAAUUGUUGCAUGUUGCAUUCAUAUUUUUGUUCAGUAUAGUAAUGCCUUUGAUCUUCCUGUGUCUUUUACAGUAUUUGCCAAGUCUGUGGACAUUUAAGCUUGGCUUCGUGGUUCCUCCCACUAGAUUUAGGAAUGGUCCUAGAUGUGUUGACUGUUGAGUUGCCUACUGCAGAACAAUGAGACUCGACAAGAGAACGUCAGACAUGUCUUGUUUCCUUCCUCUGGUGCAAAGUAUCUAAUAACGAAACAUAUUAUCCUUUUUUCUUUGUUAUUUUUUGCUUUCCUAUACCUCCCCCUCUCUUUCCUUGUCCCUCUCAAUCCUUCCCUCCCCACCUCCCCCCUCUCCCUGUCUAGGAGGAGCGAACAAGUAUACAAGGACUGGAGGCGCGUAGAGACAACCCUAACCUUACAUUAGUUUAUGAUACACUCCAGUUACAUCGCAUGGCUGCCAGCGAGGAUGUUAACACUGCA